AUGGCGAGCACCCAAUCUCUCAAGGGACAGACCCUUUUUGACCUCACCGGCAAGGUAGCUCUUGUCACCGGAGGAGGCUCCGGCAUUGGGCUCAUGGCCGCGCAAGCCCUCGCUGCCAACGGCGCCAAAGUCUACAUCUGCGGCCGCACCAAGGAGAAGCUCGAUACCGCCGCGUCGACCCAUGGCGAGAACGCGCCUGGAGAAAUCAUCCCCAUCCAGGCAGAUAUCAAUUCCAAGGAGGGCGUCAAGUCGCUCGUCGACGAGAUCAAGUCGCGCGAAAAGUGCAUCUGCAUCCUGGUCAACAACGCCGGCAUCAGCGGCAAGACGUUCACCACCGCCGAGGCGGACUCGGCCGAGGAUCUCAAGAAGUCGCUCUUUGACAGCGAGAAGGCGACUUUUGAUGACUGGCUCGACGUGUACCGAACCAACGUCGCGGCCGUCUACUUUACCACCACCGCGUUGCUGCCGCUGCUCCAAACCUCGACCGAGACUCAUCCCGGAUGGUCGUCCACCGUCAUCAACAUCAGCUCCAUCUCCGGCCUGGUCAAGACGAGCCAGCACCAUUUCAGCUACAACGUCUCCAAGGGAGCGGCAGAGCACCUCACUCGCAUGAUGGCGGCAGAUUUCGCCGCUGCCGGACUCAAGAUCCGCGUCAACAGCAUUGCACCGGGGGUUUUCCCUAGCGAGAUGACUACGGACGGGAGCGACGAAGGCCAGAAGAGCCAACUAGACAAGAGCAAGUAUGAGGGUAAGAUUCCUGCUAAUCGCCCGGGUAAGGACGAGGAUAUGGCGCAGGCGGUGCUUUUCCUUGCUGGGAACCAGUUUGUCAAUGGCCAGAGGGUCGUCGUUGAUGGUGGACACACGCUCGCUGCCGGGUUCACUCCCCGCUUCUUUAUCCAGCUGUCGGACUCCGCCCUCGUUCCCCCGGCCGUCUGCAGGGUUCCUGAAUUCUCACCUGCUCAACUCCGUGCUUUCCAACUCCCGCUUAACUCGCAAUUUGGCUCACGAACAGUAUCGCCCAUAUCAAUCCAAGAUGAGAACCGCCGACUAUAUCACCUACUUCCUAGCCUGUGCCAGAACAGUCGCAGCCGUGGACGCAGGAGAUGUUGGGCUCGGCCAGCAAGUAACAAUCCCGAUAAAUGGGGGCACCGUCAGCGGACCAAGCGUUACGGGAAAGUCCUAUCGUUUGGCGCCGACUGGGGGUCAUAUGAUGCCCAGGGGUUCUACCAUCCUGACGCACGCUUAAAUGUACAAACCGACGACGGCGCAUUGAUUUACUUGCAGCUUUUUGGGACACAGCUGGAGAAUGCCGAGGGCCAAGCGGAUGGCCACCGGGGCAUCGUGAGAGUCAAGUAUGAAACGGGGCAUGCCAACUACACGUGGCUGAACUUUGUCGCUGCUACGGGCAUUUACGAGCUGCCUGCUGAUGGCCAAGAUACAUAUCUUGUUGCUGAUAUUUGGGAGACAAAACCUGCUCAGAACUAG